UAUAGGUGUGUGCUAGGUAUUUAGAUCAUAUUUCUUUAUAUAGUCUCAGUUGUUACAAUUUCCAAAGAUUUUUGGAAGGUGUUUGUCCUAAAUCCUCCUGACUAAACUGGACGUCGAAGAUUUUCGCCUUCUCAGUUCUCACAACUAAAUGGUGAGCACCAGUUUUUCGUUGCACGUGCAGCACGGUUGCAGACAUGGAGUGGUGCCAGGUCCACGUAGCAAGUGUAUGCUUAUCAUUGGUUUGUCAAGAUCCUUCCUCCUUGGCUCCUUAAUGUCCUAAUCUAUGAUGUCAGAAUGUGGACUAAUCUUGGUCGUUGGUCUAUUCUGAAUCCAGAGACUUGCCAUUUCCUAUGUUCGUGUCCUUGUUGCUUCACCUCCUUCAUGCCACGUAGCCUCCAUUUCUUGUAAUGUUAUACUACUUCUGUUCUCUGAAAUCGAAUCUGGGAAAGGUCAAGGUAUUCUAAAAUAUUUUAAUCCAUUACACAGCAGCAACUUCGAAUUUUCAUCCAAUUUGUCCGUUCUUCAAAUGUGCAUUCACUCCUCGUUAUGACUUGGACCAUGUACCCUACUAUAUAUCUUGAUGCUAUUUCCUUCACUCGUGACUCGUCAGAGAUGAACGGAGAAGGCACAAUGGCUUCGAUCUGCCUCACCGUUUUCAUCCUCCUGCUCCUGAUUUGUUUCUGCCAAUCAGAUGACCAGCUGACAAGCGCAAGGCCACUCUCUCCCGGGGACCUGCUCAUCUCCAAGAAUGGUGUCUUUGCUCUCGGCUUCUUCUCCCCGGUCGGCUCCAACGAGAGCAUGUAUGUUGGGAUUUGGUUCCACGGCAUCCCCGAGCACAACCGCACCAUAGUGUGGGUCGCCAACCGCGACAACCCAACGACCACCGCUUCAGCCCCGACACUUGCCAUCAACAACAGCUCUGACCUAGUGCUGUCGGAUUCCAACGGCCAAACUCUCUGGAGAACACAGAACAUCGUCGAUGCCCACGACAGCGGCGCUUUCCUGGUGCUGCUCGACACGGGGAACCUGGUACUCCAACUGCCUAACAGCACGGUCAUAUGGCAGAGCUUUGAUCACCCAACUAACACCAUUCUCCCAGGAAUGGAGUUCUUGUUGAUCCACAGGGCUCGUGCGGCGGCUCACCUGAUUUCUUGGAGGAGCCCUGAUGACCCAUCCACCGGAGACUUUUCGUUCGGCCUUGACCCCGUCUCGAACCUCCAGUUGAUCAUUUGGAAUGGGGACAAGAUAUACUGCCGCAUCAGCGUGUGGAACGGCGUACUGGGCGGCAUGUACCCAAGCAGCCCCAGCUCCAUAGUGUAUCAGACCAUCGUCAACAAAAGGGAUGAGUUCUACCUUGAGAUUGUGGUCUCUGGCGGCUCACCAUACUCGCAGAUCAUGCUCGAUCACACAGGCACCAUGAAGCUCAUGACCUGGGACAGCAAUUCGUCAUCAUGGAUAGUGAUCUCUGCACGCCCCGAAGGCAGCUACGGCCUCUAUGAUUCGUGUGGCCCGAAUGGCUACUGCGACUUCACUGGGGCCGCUCCGGCAUGCUACUGCCUUGAGGGCUUUGAGGCUGUAGGUCUCAACUCUUCCAGAGGAUGUCGGAGAACAGAACCGCUGCAGUGCAGCAAGGGAAGUCACUUCGUGGCCCUGCCUGGGAUGAGAGUUCCUGACAAGUUUGUGCGCCUCCAGAACAGAACCUUUGAGCAGUGCGCGGCCGAAUGCAGCAGGAAUUGCUUGUGUACUGCCUAUGCUUACGCCAACUUGAGUAGUGCCAUGGCCGACCACUCAAGGUGCUUGAUUUGGACUGGGGAGCUUGUCGAUACAUGGAAAAGCAGCAACUAUGGUGAGGUGCUGUACCUCAGGCUUGCCAACCCUCCUGUUAAAACGAAGACCAAUCUAGUAAAGAUUGUACUCCCGGUUAUAGCAUGCCUGCUGCUCCCCAUAUGCGUAGCCCCUGUCUGCAUAUACAAAUUCAAAGGUAAAUGGCGAAAAGAGGAAAUUCAGAAGGAACUGAUGCUAGGAUACUUGGGCACCUCCAAUGAACUUGGAGACAAAAAUGUCGAAUUUCCAUUUGUUAGCUUCGAUAACAUUGUUGCUGCAACUGAGAAUUUCUCCGACUGCCAUAUGCUAGGAAGAGGAGGCUUUGGCAAAGUUUACAAGGGAAUGUUGAAAGGUGGCAAGGAAGUUGCUGUCAAAAGGCUUAGUCAAGGUUCCGGGCAAGGUAUUGAUGAAUUCAGAAACGAAGUAGUUCUACUUGUCAAACUACAGCACAGAAACCUAGUUAGACUACUUGGUUGCUGUAUUCAUGAAGAAGAGAAGUUACUGAUCUAUGAAUACUUGCCCAACAAAAGCCUGGAUGCCUUCCUUUUUGACAAUUCAAGAAAACAUGUGCUCGAUUGGCCAACACGGUUCAAAAUAGUUAAAGGAGUAGCAAGAGGCCUUCUAUAUCUCCACCAAGAUUCAAGAUUAACAAUAAUUCAUAGAGAUCUUAAAGCAGGUAACAUCCUGUUGGACACAGAAAUGAGUCCCAAAAUAUCUGAUUUCGGUAUGGCAAGAAUCUUUGGUGGAAACCAGCAACUAGCAAACACUACCCGUGUUGUUGGGACAUAUGGUUACAUGUCUCCUGAAUAUGUGACGAGUGGUGCAUUUUCUGUCAAAUCGGACACAUAUAGCUUUGGUGUUCUUCUUUUGGAAAUUAUAAGUGGCUUGAAGAUCAUCUCGACUCAAUUCAUAACGGACUUCCCAAACCUUAUAGCUUAUACAUGGGCAUUAUGGGAAGAUGGAAAUGCAAUGGAAUUGGUGGAUUCAUCAGUUGCUGAUAAUUGUCCGGCACAUGAAGUUUUGCGAUGUAUUCAUGUAGGACUUUUGUGUGUCCAAGACAAUCCAAAUGCAAGGCCACUCAUGUCAUCAGUUGUGUUUAUGUUAGAGAAUGAAACAACAUUGCUUCCAGCACCAAAGGAGCCUGUGUAUUUUGCACCAAGGAAUAAUGGAACAGAAGAAACAAGGAGAAACAUGGAAGGUUCUCUGAAUGCAUCAAUCAUCACAACACUAGAGGGACGCUAGAUGUUUAACACCAACCUUUACUAUGUAAAUGUUCAAGUCUUAUGAACUGUGUAGGGUUAUGUGAAUUUCAGCAUAGGUGAUUGUGACAUAUGUGAACUUACAGUCUUCAAAAAGGAUAUCUGUGAGCUUACUGUACCGAACAUACUGAAUUGAAGUUUACAGCAUGGAAAAGUUGCAA